AUGAUGCCUGUAAAGGAUAAUCAGGAUGUUGCCUGUUUCUUUUGUACCAAACACACAACGUGGAAGGGAAAGUACAAAAGGAUCUUCUCCAUCGGUACACAAGGCAUUACUACCUACAAUCCUAAUUUGGAAAUAACAAACAGAUGGGCAUACAGCGAUUUCAUAUCUAUCACUCCUCUGAGAACUGGAAGUCAAAGCGAAUUUCAAAUAACAAUGAAAAAGGAUCGAAAAAUUGAUAAGAUGACAUUUUCAUCCGAGCAUAGAACUUACAUAUUAACCGAAGCGCUUAAAUUCAGAAAUUAUUUUUCAGAGAAGCCAAAGGAAGUGCUGAAAUAUCAAGCCUACAAGCAUCACUGGUCAGACAUAAGACUUCCCGUUAUACUAGAAGUUACGUCUUAUUCGUUGGAUCAACUCGAUCCUACCAGUGGCUCCGUUCUUGCCAGUUAUUAUUUUAAGGAUUUCGAAGGGAUAUGUACAGUUUCCGACUAUCCAGGAGGAUUUGUGAUAGUAUGCGGAGGUUUCGGACGAUUGCAUCUGUUCCAAUCCGCAGAAUACGAAGACAUAAAAGCAAAAAUGCUGGAUUCGGCCUUGUCCAACUUAGGCAUCAACAUCAAAGUUCUGAACACUCCCAUAACGUUAGAAGACUUCCAGAACCAACGUUUCGGAAAAUUCAGCGACGACGAGUACAUUACCGCCGUUUCGGAAUUUUCCGUGUACAAAAUCCAGAAACCCAGACACGCCGAUCCGGUCCGCAGGACCCUGUGCCUUUCCGAGCAAUGCAUAAUGGAGAGGGAUCCGCAGACGUACAGCAUAUGCACCCUGCAACCGUUGAACAACAUUUUCGCUCUUAUAAGAGACAAUGCGAAUCCACAGCUGUUUAUUAUCGAGUACUUGAACGGGCAGUCUAGAACUUACACUACAACAGACAGAGAUUCCCUGUUGGCUUCGCUAUUAGACGGCGUCAGAGCUGCUGGAAAUAAAGACGUCCACGUCACGAUGGUACCGACAGAUAGAGGAUUGAGAUUAGGCCCUUUGGGUAUCCCAGUGGACGAAGAAGCCGAAAGUUUGCAUAUAAAAUUACUGAUGAAUCCUCCUCCUUCGAAAACCUUCUUCCAGUGCUUGAGGAGAUUUAACACUAACAUUCCGUACAGCGGGCUUCUUUAUAGCGUCACUCAAGAAGGAAUUUUCUCGGAGAAUAAAGAUAAACUUAUUACCGGAGUACUGCAAUCUCUUGUGUCUAAAGAUAGCGAUCCUAAGGCGAUUAGUUUGGAAGAGCUGGAAGCGCAGUUUCAAGCUCUACGAAGACUGGUGGCCAGUAAAGUGGGUUACGCAGCGUUCACGAAGCUGCCGGGUUUCAGAGAAGCGGUAGGACAGAAGGUGAUAGCCGCGUUGAAACGAAACGAUUACGCCGUUACGCAAGCGGCAAUCGAUGUGAUAUGCGCGUUGAUGCAUCCGAUGCACGACGAUUACGAUCUCAGACAGGAGCAGCUCAACAAGUCUUCGUUGUUGCAAACGAAGGGUUUCCUGGAGAGUUUGUUGAACAUGUGGACGACGCACAUCGCACAAGGCACCGGUGCAUUAAUAGUAUCAGCAAUGUUAGAUUUCCUCACGUUCGCUUUAUGCGUACCGUACAGCGAGACAACGGAUGGAAAACACUUUGAUGUACUGCUAGAAAUGGUUUCCGAGAGAGGUCGAAUGUUAUUUCGUUUAUUUCAGCAUCCUUCGAUGGCGAUUGUAAAAGGCGCCGGUUUGGUAAUGCGGGCGAUCAUCGAAGAAGGCGAAUCCGAAGUGGCCGAGAAAAUGCAGAACCUGGCACUAGCCGAAGGCGCCUUACCGCGACAUCUUCUAAACUCCCUCUACACCCAAGGCACCGACGGAAGAUUGUUAACCCACAGACAGUUGUCGAGGCAUUUAAUCGGUCUGUGGGUCACAGGAAACCCCAUCGCUAUGGGACUACUGAAGCGAAUCAUGCCUACGGGUUUGAUAGUCUUCUUGGACUCCAAAGAAACGGUGCCGAAGGAAGCCGUCGAACGGGAGAUGUUGAACAAUCGCGACAAUUUGCAAAUUGCGCGAGACCAGGCGAAGUCGAAGCGCAACCCGAAUUGGGCGGCGGUGGAGCGUCAAUUGAAGGUGAUGGAGAAGCGCGUCGAACACUACACGAACCUGGCGCUGCAACAUUGGGGCGCCAACUUGGGCAUCACCUUGAAGCGGGAGGAGAAGAUCAAGGAGAGACCGAUCGUGUUGAGGCGCAGGAGAGAGAGGAAAAAGGCCGAGUCGAAUUGGUUGUUGUUCUAUUGGAACUUCAAUCGCGACCAUGCUCUGCCUAAUUUAAUUUGGAAUCAUAAGACUAGAGAAGAAUUGAGAAGUGCCUUAGAAGCCGAAGUGAGAAACUUCGCUUCCGACAGAGAACUAGCUGGACAUGCUCUAGUCGCUUGGAACUAUCAAGAAUUCGAAGUGAAUUACGCUUGCCUUGCAGACGAAGUCAAAAUCGGUGAUUAUUACUUAAGACUGCUUUUAGAUAUUAACGAUGACGAUUCCCCGAUUCGUAGAACGUACGAAUUUUUCAACGAUUUAUACCAUAGGUUUUUGUUAACGAACAAAGUGGACAUGAAAUGCUUGUGCUUGCAGGCCAUGUCGAUAGUUUACGGUCGAUAUUUCGAGGAUAUCGGUCCGUUCAGUGAUACUAAAUACAUUAUAGGAAUGCUAGAAAGGUGUAUCGAUCGUCAAGAACGCGACAGGCUAGUGAUGUUUAUAGAAAAGUUGAUACUGCACCACAGGAACGUGCGGGACGUGCUCGAAGUUGGCGGUGUGCAAAUCUUGGUAGAUCUGAUGACGUUGGCUCAUCUGCACACCUCGAGAGCCAUGAUACCGGCCCAAACUAAUGUCAUCGAAGCCGGUCCUGGAAUGAAAUUAAUCGAAGAAAAAGAAUGGUAUUACAACAGCGAUAAAGGAAGGGAAGGUCCCGUAUCGUUUAGUGAGAUGAAAGAUUUGUACGAGAAGCAACAAAUCAACCACAAAACGAGAUGUUGGGCCAUGGGUAUAACGGGUUGGCGACCUUUGUCCCAAUUGCCCCAGCUAAAGUGGUACCUUUUGGCCAAAGGCAGUCCCGUGUUGAACGAGAGCGAGCUGGCUACGCAUAUUUUGAACAUUCUCAUAAAAAUGUGCCAGUAUUUUCCGAGUAGAGACGCGGACGACGCGAUAAUCCGACCCUUGCCCAAAGUGAAGCGAUUGUUAUCCGAUCAGGCCGUUCUUCCGAACGUCGUACAAUUGCUCUUGACGUUCGAUCCUAUUUUAGUGGAGAAAGUGGCCAAUCUGUUGUGCGAAGUCAUGAAAGACAAUCCGGAUACGUCCAAACUGUACGCCACCGGGGUAUUUUAUUUCAUAAUGAUGUACACGGGCAGUAACGUUCUUCCGAUAGCAAAAUUCUUGAAAUUGACUCAUAUGAAGCAAGCGUUUAAAUCUGAAGAGGAGACGAAUCCUAUACUGCAAAAAAGUAUUCUGGGAAGGCUACUGCCCGAAGCUAUGGUGCAUUAUUUGGAAAAUUACGAUGCGGAGAAAUUUGCGCAAAUAUAUCUUGGAGAAUUCGAUACACCUGAAGCUAUAUGGAAUUCUGAAAUGAGACGAAUGUUGAUAGAAAAAGUAGCAGCACACAUAGCCGAUUUCACGCCUAGAUUAAGAAGCCACACCAUGGUCAGAUAUCACUACAUACCGAUACCAGCUGUGAGGUAUCCUCAACUCGAGCACGAACUCUUCUGCAACAUAUUCUACCUGCGACAUCUGUGCGACGCCGCCAAAUUUCCCGACUGGCCCAUUUCCGAUCCCAUCCAAUUGCUGAAGGACGUUUUGGAAGCCUGGCGCGGCGAAGUGGAGAAAAAACCUCCGCUGAUGACCGUACAAGAAGCCUAUAACAACCUAGGACUCAAGGACACCCAGCAGGAUGAAGCGACCGUGAGGAAAGCCUACUACAAACUUGCCCAACAGUACCAUCCCGAUAAAAAUCCCGAAGGAAGGGAUGUAUUCGAGAAGGUGAAUCAAGCCUACGAGUUUCUGUGCAGCCGAACCAGCUGGACUGGCGACGGCCCGAAUCCCAACAAUAUAGUACUCGUACUGCAAACACAGAGCAUAUUAUUUCGCAGAUAUUCGGACGAUUUACAACCGUACAAGUACGCCGGUUAUCCGCAAUUGAUCAAAACCAUCAAAAUCGAGACCGGCGACGAUCAGUUAUUUUCGAAGAACGCUCCCCUUCUCACCGCCGCCUGCGAAUUGGCCUAUCAUACAGUACACUGUUCAGCUCUCAACGCCGAGGAAUUGAGAAGAGAGAACGGACUGGAGGUGAUGCUGGACGCUUACACGAGAUGCGUGAACGUCCUCAACAACUCCUCGAAACCCGACGAAACUCCCGUGCAGGUUUGCACGCACAUAACGCGGUGUUUCACCGUCGCCGCCUCGUUCCCCGCUUGCAGGGAACGCAUGGUGGACCUCAAGCAAUUAGUCAAAGACUUGUGCAGGAUACUUAAUUUCAAACAUUUAACGAAACUCUGUUCCGUGGCCACGGAAUGCGUAACGGCCUUGUCGUUGGACUCGAUACUGCAAAUGGAACUGCUCAAAUCCGGCGCCCUGUGGCACUUGUUGCUCUACAUGUUCAAUUACGAUUUCACGUUGGAGGAGGGCGGCGUGGAGAAGAGCGAGGACGCGAACAAACAGGAAGUCAGCAACAUGCUGGCGAAGAAGGCCGUCAGAGCGUGCGCGGCUUUGGGAGGUUAUAUACAGGGCGAGAACAAUCCGCCGCCCAAUCCGCUCACCCGGGACAUUCUCGGCGUGUUGUUGACCGCUUUUCUGAGCGAACAACUCGGCGAUGAUAAACCCGAAGAGGUAUUGAAGAUAUUGAACAGCAACAGCGAAACGCCGUAUUUGCUGUGGGACAACGGCACCAGGGCCGAACUGAUGGACUUUUUGGAAACGCAAAGCAACGGUCGAAGCGAAAUCGACUUUAACAUCGCCGACGAAUUCAAAUAUUCCGCCCACGUGGGAGAACACAAAAUCGCCGGCGUUUUUAUUAAAAUCUACAACCAACAACCGACGUAUCCGAUCAAGGACCCGAAGGGCUUCGUGAUAGAACUGAUCGGUUACUUGAAGGACCAAUCUCGCGACCUGCUCAACUUGGUCAACAUAGCCUUUUCUCUAACCAUAGAAGACCGAUUGGAGAAAUCCGUGAUGACGCUCGAAGCCCUAACGAACGUCAUAAGGAACAAUACCGGCGUAGAGAUGCAAUGCAUCGGCCACUUUAGGCUGCUGUUCAGUCUACUCAACGUCAAUUACAUUCCCGUGCAGAAGGGGGCGCUCAACGUCAUAUCGUCGGUGACCAGAAACAAUGAAUGCAUCACCGACAUAGCCGCCAGCGAAGUGUUAGGGUAUCUGUUACUCGUGCUGUACACGUUGCAAGAUUCCCAACCGCAAACUUUGCAAACCCUCUACGCUUUAAUGGCCACUACGAAGAUCGUGAAAGAAGCGCUGAACAAAGGAGCAGUCAUUUAUUUGCUCGAUCUCUUUUGCAAUUCGACGAAUCCGGGGGUGAGACAGACGUGCGCUGAAUUAUUAGCGAGGAUGAAUUUGGAUAAAUUAGUGGGCCCCAAAGUGAGGCUCUCCUUAGCGGCCUUUCUGCCGCCCAUAUUCGCCGACGCGAUGCGCGACAAUCCCGAAGCUGCUAUAAAUAUGUUCGAAAGCGCCCACGAGCAUCCGGAGCUCAUAUGGGACCAAGAUGCUAAAGAUAACGUGUGCAAAAUCGUCGCUAGAUUUAGGAGGGAGCAUCAAACGGAACAGAGUUCGAAUCCUUCGGCGCUUUGGAAACUACCGGAAACCAACGGUUUGACUAACUUAUCAGCGCCCAACGAGAUUAUGAUAGCGGGAGUGUACCUGAGAAUUUUCAUAGCGAAUCCUUCGUGGAAUUUGCGCAAACCGAAGGAAUUCUUGACCGAGUUAAUGGAGACUUGCCUUAACUUGAUGAGCAAGGACAAACCCGAUAUCGAAUUAUUAGAACUAUGCACUACAGCUCUGUGCUCUCUAUUGCAAGCGCAACCCGCUCUAUUGGAUUUGAUACCUUCGAUGGGCCAAAUACCGAGGUUAUGCAGGCAAAUGGGCUCCAAUGUAAAGCAAGCGGUCGUGCCGAAAUCGGCCAUUUGUAUACUCAAUUCAUUAUCUUUGAGUACAAUAUGCGUGAAUGCAAUAGCCCAAUCGGACUGCAUGCGCCCAUUGAAACAGGCCAUGCAAGCGCGCAAAGAUAUGGUGGCGGUGGCCUGCGAGGCCCUCAGCAGGUUGUUCUCCAGCAACCAAGAUCAAUUGAUCAAGCAGGCCCUCGACGUGGAAUUCGUACAGUUCCUGCUGACUCUACUCGAUACCAGAUUAGAGCUCGUCGAUAAUCCUUCCAUGACCAAAGCCCAGAUCGUCAAAGCUUUGAAAUCGAUGGCCAGGAGUUUGAUGUACGGGGAAAAAGUGAAUUCGAUUUUAGAGCAGAGCCGCAUUUGGUCCGAGUAUAAGGAUCAGAAGCAUGAUUUGUUUAUUUCGAAUACGAACAUCUCUGGUUAUUUAACCGGUACACCUGCGACUGCUGGUUAUUUAACCCAAGGGCCUAGUGCUAAAGUGAAUUCAGCCCCUCCGCCUGUAGAUCGAGACGAUCCAACGAUCAGAAACGACUGUCUCUGA